AGGGACAUAAGAGUUCUAGAGCUGAAAGAAGAAACCAGUCUGAAUAUGAGUUAAAGAUGUACCUCGAAGAUAACUAUGACCGCAUGCAACAUACAAACAGUUUAAAAGAAUCUCCCAAAGAACCAGUUUCUCAACAGCAGAAUACAAAAGUGUCAUCUCAACAGCAGAAUACAGGCGUGCCAGAAAAUAUUUCUCCUCUGCAGGAACCAACUUUAAAAAGGGACUAUCGAGAAGCAGACGACAUCAAGUGUCAACCCACCAAACAGCAGACGACCGACAGCCAAACUAUGAAACCUACUAAACACGGCAUCUUAGCCAAAAGCAAAUUUACAGAUGUCUGCUCAAAGUCACAAGCUUCCAGCACUCGGCAAAUCAGUGAGAAAUUAGUACAAGAUGAUUUAAGAAAUGAGUUGACUGCCAAGAGGAAAGCAAAGAAAGGAUUUUUCACCAAUUUCUAUCGCACUUUUCUUGCUUGUUUUGGAAUUAAAAAUCAUAGAAAAUGAAAUGUUCCAUUUGGAAAUUGUUAAA